AACAUAUGGGACAAAAUUUUCAUGAGUCAUGUACAACAAGUAAAAGUCGUUUACGCAGUCCAAUCGCCGGUGGCCGGCAAUUUCCCCAGUGAAAUAUCUACCUAAGCUUCUAAUAUCAAUCCUCAAUCCUACAUCCAUCUCCAUCUUCUUCACUUUGACUUCCAUUUCUUCCCUCUCUUACUCCUUUACUUUUUCUCUCUAACUCUUUAGUUUUUACACUUCUUAUCUCUCUGUCGACCAUUAAAUUCCUAGUCAACUUUGCUCAGACUCAUAAUUUUACUCAGAAAACGUCCCAUCUUCACGAGAUUUCAACUACUCAGCUACAUAAUUUCAUUCAAUCCUAUAUCUAACCCUCUUAUUUAUAGUUAUUCAUGUAUCUGACCUUCAAUGAUGUUCGAUUGUGGUUAUGGUCAGAAGGACAAGUUUGUAAGGAAGCUAGAAAUAUUAAGCAUUAUGGAAUUUUGGCGAAGAAUUGAACAUGAUUCAUGACUGCUAAUUUGAGUUGCUUGACUUCUUAAAGGUCAAAAUAGAUUGGAAGUUGGAUGACUUAGAUUCUACAGCGUCAUUAUCUCCCAUGUCUGCUGGAGUGAACAAAUGCCGGUUUGGUAUUGAGGGGCUUAAUUGUGCUAAUACUAACUAUGCAAAUAAAGCCCAAUCUAAUUCCUUUAAGAGAGGGAUGAAGAAAGGUUCUGAAGGACUUCGUUCCAUUGGAAGAUCGCUUAAGUUCGGAGUUUCUCGAGCAGUAUUUCCCGAAGAUCUAAAAGUCUCCAAUAAAAAGAUUUUUGAUCCGCAAGACAAAUUUCUGCAACUUUGGAAUAAACUUUUCGUUGUAUCAUGUAUUUUUUCUGUUUCCGUGGAUCCCUUUUUUUUCUUUCUUCCAAUUGUCAAUCCAAAAAUGAACUGUCUAGGAAUAGAUCGAAAGCUAGCGAUUGCAGUAACUACAGUGCGGACUGUAAUAGAUGUUUUCUACCUCAUCCGCAUGGCUCUCCAGUUUCAAACUGCAUACAUUGCUCCAUCAUCUAGAGUAUUUGGACGGGGUGAACUUGUCAUUGAUUUUGCGCAGAUUGCUAAGCGGUAUCUGCUGGGGUAUUUUAUUAUUGAUUUUCUUGCAGUGCUGCCCUUACCACAGAUUGUUAUCUGGAGGUAUCUACGUAGGCUGAAAGGUUCUGAUGUAUAUGCAACCAAGCAGGCUUUGCUGUUCAUAAUCUUGAUUCAAUAUGUCCCUAGAUUUCUCAGAAUCAUUCCUCUAUUUUCAGAGUUAAAAAGGACAUCAGGUGUCUUUGCUGAAACUGCAUGGGCUGGUGCCGCAUACUAUCUACUUCUCUACAUGCUCUGUAGCCAUAUAGUUGGGGCUCUAUGGUAUCUUCUAGGUAUGGAGCGCAAUGAUGCUUGUUGGCAGAGAGUUUGUAACAACAAUCAUAAAAGCUGCACGACAAAUUUUUUGUAUUGCGACAAUCAGCAGUCACAGGGAUAUGAUAGUUGGAGCAAAAUGAGUGUUUCACUACUCAAUGCUACGUGCUCUGGGAAAGAUGAUGAUGAUGAUGGAUUUGACUUUGGAAUCUUUAAACAGGCUUUGACUUCUAGCAUUUUCUCAUCAAGUAAUUUCAUAUCGAAGUACUGUUAUUGCUUAUGGUGGGGGCUGCAGAACUUAAGUACACUGGGACAAGGUCUUCAAACCAGUACAUAUCCAGGAGAGGUGAUAUUUUCCAUUGCACUGGCAAUAUUUGGGCUUAUCUUGUUUGCUCUUUUGAUUGGUAAUAUGCAGACUUAUCUUCAAUCUCUUACAAUUCGACUUGAAGAGAUGAGGGUCAAAAGGCGUGAUUCAGAGCAGUGGAUGCAUCACCGUUUGUUGCCACAAGAACUUAGAGAACGCGUUAGACGUUAUGAUCAAUACAAAUGGCUUGAAACACGUGGAGUUGAUGAAGAGAGUUUGGUCAGGAGUUUACCCAAGGAUCUGAGGAGGGACAUAAAGCGUCAUCUGUGUCUUGCAUUAGUCCGACGGGUACCUCUGUUUGAAAAUAUGGACGAUAGGUUGCUGGAUGCCAUAUGUGAGCGGUUGAAGCCAAGUUUGUACACAGAAAAAACAUACAUCCUCCGUGAAGGUGACCCAGUUGAUGAAAUGCUCUUCAUCAUUCGUGGUCGCCUUGAGAGUGAAACCACCGACGGUGGACGAAGUGGAUUUUUAAACCGAAGUUUAUUAAAAGAAGGCGACUUUUGUGGUGACGAGCUACUAACAUGGGCAUUAGAUCCCAAAUCGGGUUCUAACCUCCCAUCAUCAACUCGAACAGUGAAAGCCGUCACAGAAGUUGAAGCCUUUGCCCUUGAAGCCGAGGAGCUCAAAUUUGUAGCAAGCCAGUUUAGGCGCCUUCAUAGUAGACAAGUUCAACAUACCUUCCGAUUCUACUCACAACAGUGGAAAACAUGGGCUGCUCGCUUUAUUCAAGCCGCUUGGCGCCGUUAUUUGAAGCGGAAAAUGAUGGAGCAACAACGCCGCAAGGAAGAAGAAGCUGAAGCAUCAAUGAAGAGCAGUGUUGGUUCUUAUAGCCUUGGAGCCACCCUUCUAGCAUCUAGAUUUGCCGCUAAUGCUCUUCGCGGAGUUCAUCGUAAUCGGCUUUCCAGGGCUGCUAGUGUUUUAGUAAAACCACCUAAACCUCCGGAGCCGGACUUUUCAGCAGACAUGGACUAACCGCUUGUUCGUCUUCAUGGGAUCGCUUUUGAAGUGGUUACUGUAAUUUCUAACUACUUACAUUUUGUUGUGGUUCCUUGGAAGGUGAGUGUUGUUUAUGUAAUAUACUUACUCACAAAAUAUGCAUACUUUCUGGUGGACCUUAUUUUGGCUUUUCAGUAGCAAAUAUGAAAUUUGUAAGAGUGAAUUUAUGGCUGUAUUAUUAUUAUUAUUAUUAUUAUUAUUAUUAUUAUUA